AGUUUGGAAGUUUCGGGGACAUUAACUGGGUACACCGUCUCUGACCACCAUCAAACAUUACUGAAGCGACGACUAUAAAAGGUUAGUGCGGACCCCACUCCCUGUGACUAUGUGAGCCUUCCCUUGACUCACACGACACCUUCCCCCAAAAAUAACAAAAAAACAAACCUCUCCUCUCUCAUUUAUAACCUCUCCUCCUUCACGUUGUUCUAUUGUAUUCAUUCAAUUCAACGCACACUCACUUUCGCAGCCUCAAUUUCACCAACGCAAGCGCCAUGGACAAACAUGGUGGAAUUGCCCCUGUUCUCUUCCUCUUCCUCUUCAUUUUUCCCCUCGCUGCAGCACAGCCCAGAAACAAUGACCAAAACGAUUCCUAUUACAACCGAUUCAGUCCCUCCAUGGCCAUUAUAAUAGUCAUCCUCAUCGCUGCGCUCUUUCUCAUGGGUUUCUUCUCUAUCUACAUCCGCCACUGCGCCGACUCUCCCUCCAGCAGUAUCCGCAACCUCGCCGGCGUCGCGGGACGUUCCCGGCGGGCGGCCAGAGGUCUGGACCCGGCGGUGAUCGAGACGUUCCCCACCCUUGAAUAUUCGGUGGUAAAGAUUCACAAGAUUGGAAAAGGAACACUGGAGUGCGCGGUGUGCUUAAACGAGUUCGAGGAGACCGAAACGCUGCGUUUGAUCCCCAAGUGUGACCACGUAUUCCACCCUGAGUGCAUCGACGAGUGGCUAUCUUCCCACACCACUUGCCCUGUUUGCCGAGCCAACCUCGUUCCGCAACCCGGUGACUCGGCGCGUGGAAUCCCGGCCCUCGAGGCCCAUGAUCACAACCCGCAAGACAUCGAGGCCCAAAACGACGCUGUCGAGCCCGCCCCUGAAGAUGCGGGCCCAACUACUUCAGUCUCGAAUGAACCUGAUGUGUUGUGCUUGAACCAGACGCUGAACCGGAACCGAACGAGAGGGUCGCGGUCAGGUCGGGCACGAAGGUUCCCGCGGUCUCACUCGACCGGGCACUCUUUGGUCCAACCGGGCGAAGACACUGAGCGGUUCACUUUGAGGUUGCCCCAGGAAGUGAGGAAGCAGAUACUGGACCCGCAGUUGCAUCGUGCUAGAAGCCUUGUCAUAUUGCCUAGAGAAGGUAGUUCGCGGCGGGGAUAUCGAAACGCCGGCGAGGGAAGUAGCAGAGGGAGGUCUUCGAGGCGGUUGGACCGCGGUUUUAAAUCGGACCGGUGGGUUUUCACCAUGGCGCCGCCGUUCCUAGUGAGAGCCUCGUCGAUUAGGUCUCCGAGGGUGGCUAACAACGCCUCUGAAGGAACCUCUGCUUCUGUAGCUACCCUGCCGGCCGCGGCGGCUGCGGAAUCGGCGCGCCCUCCGGUUUAGCUGCCCCUUCUGCCAUCACACCCCCCCCCCCCAGUUCAAUAUUUCAUUGUAUUUAUUAAAAUUGUUUUUGCCACGACUUUUUUUACGCUAAGACUUGUAAGAUGUGUAUAAUGAAUUAAGCACGCUUAGUUUCUGAAUCAUGAUCAAAUGAUAAACUCAGCAUGAAUCAAGGUGAUUUUGUUCAUCAUUUCAGAUGUGAGGGGAACAAAACGAAAGUAUAAUCGUUUUGUGGUGAGCUUUCCAUCCACUUCUUAAUGAGUGUUCUUGCUUGGUUCCUAUUUCCUAGUACUUGGUGGUGUAGGAUGUCCCAACUUUGAAGGGAAAAUCGCAUGCACGAACGUGUUGGGGCUACCGAUGGAGAAAAAGCUUUUGUAAUUCUUUGAAGUUACAAGUAUCUUCAGUUCUUAGGAUGAGAUUGUCCGCAAUUGGAAGAAAAGCAGCUCCGACACAUUUUAAAUGAAUAAAGAAAGGGCCAAGUUUUGUUUACUUGGCACCUAAAUUUUGUCCCACGGGUAUAAAAUCCCACAUUUUACAUGAAAAAAAAGGGGCCAAGUUUUUUUUUAUAUCGAAAGUCAAAUUCUAAUAUCAAAUCCCACAGGGGUAUAAAAAAGAAGUGUGUCCUGUGUGGUGGUUUAUGUUCGUAAAGAUUUUUUCAAAAUUUGUAUAAAUAAAUAUUAAAUUAUAUACAUUAUCUUAAUUAAAUAUAAAUUAUUCAUUCCGAAAAAUAUACAGAUUAAUAUCGUUUUCAUAGGUAGAAUCACGACGACGAAGACUGUAAAGUAGAUGCCAUCUAUGAAUUAUAACCUGCAACGUAGUGGAGCUUCACUAAUACGUUUGAGGCAUGAAAUUGUUGAACUACUAGUUUUUGUCCAAAAUA